CCCUUGAGCGUCCGCCAGAAGUCCCAUCAUACUGGUCACUCCUGCGUCCUCUGUAGUCUGUCUGCUGUGGUUUGUAAUGGGCGGACUGGUGUCCACUGUGUUGCUGUGUGUUACAGACAUGCCCACACAGGUGGAGGACUAGUCGGACAGGUUUGGACCAGACGCCUUUUGUUCAAUUUAGUUGAGGGCGAUGUAGCCAUUUGGACAGUUAUCAUGAAGAUAGUCACAACUGUAGCGCUUCUACUACUCCUGUGUUUACCCGCGACAGUGGCGCUUUCGGGUAAUGGCUCCACCGUAACAGCCGCACCGGGAGAUAUCGCGCUACUUCCAUGUUACACCGACAGCAAUGUUACGAUUUUAACGACAUGGAUGAAAGAUGGACGAGAGGUCAGCAGAGGGGGCGGUGCCUCGCCGAGACCUCCACCCGCCGGACAGCGCGUCUCGGUGCUGCAGGAUGGGAGGCUGAACAUCAGCAGGGUGAUACCUGAAGACGAGGGCAGCUACCUGUGCAACUCCACGCUGCCAGGCAACAACACCUUUCGGGCACGUGUCGUGCUUCAAGUAGCUAGUGGUCCAGAAAAUGUGUCUGUAUCCAUCAGUCCAGCCACUGCUCUGCCCAACGGGACGCUCAUCACCUAUCGGGGUUCCAAGGUCUCCUUUGAGUGCUCCAGCUUCUCCUACCCCUCUCAGCAGCUGACCUGGGCCUUCAGAGGAGCUUCGUCCAGCAACGAAUCGCUACUUUCCACCUCUGGAUCCAGGCUGGACUACAGUAUAGACAACAUUCAGCCCAGCGCACAGGGAUUUUAUAGCUGCAGAGCCAACAACACCAUCUCUCAUCAGGCAGUCAAUAAGAGCACAGAGCUGCUAGUAUACUAUGCCCCAGACAGACAUCCUGAGUGUAUGUGGGCACCAACAGAGGACCCCACCCAUGUCCAGUUCAACUGUACAUGGUUUGAAGCGUAUCCCACCCCGACGCUGCAAUGGGAGAAAGACCAGGAUGACCAAGGAGCUCGCUCGACAGGACACGUCUAUGCAUUGGGGGAGGCGGACAACCUGUCAGUGACGCUGAACCGCUCCAUGCUGUCCGACGGGGAGAUGCUGAGGUGCAUGGCCAAGCACCCAACACUCACUCCAGGAAAGGAGAAGUCGUGUUCGUUUAUUCUCAAGUAUCCAUUCCCUGAAGGCGAGCCGCUGGCCACAGCUCUGGAGGCGACCAGUAUAACUCUAACCUGCAGUGAGUCUGUGUCUGUCCCCGCCGCAAACACCACCUGGAGAAAAGGGCCCCAGCAGGAGAACAUUGUUCCCGGACUGAAGUAUUUCCUCGAUAAGAAUGGCCCCGUCCUCAAGUUGACCAUACGCAACAUUAGCAAGGACGACGAAGGCGUCUACUUCUGCCGCAGUGAGAACCCCCUCGCCGUCCGCGAGCUGGAAGUCUACCUCACUGUGAGGACCUCCUCUGCAUACACAGGAGCAAUCAUCGGUGUCUUAAUAGCUGCACUGGUCGUGGGGUCAGGCGCAGUCCUAGCUAAAACAGUUUACUCCAGGCGACACCGAAUUUGCCUGGGAAGUGGCUUUGGGCAACUGGACGAGGACAGAGGAGACGUGUUGAGUCUGGUGGAGUCGGACGACGAGCAGAUCUUUCAAGAUGCCGUUCCCCAGCUGCCUCCGUUAACCAAUGGAAACCACACAACGCUGGUCCAGAUACACCGAAUGCCAUCGAGUGACCAUGAGGAUGCAGACACUGCUGACACAAGCCCACGGCAGCAGGAAGAAACUGUACAGUCGGGAGAGACAGUGGAUCUUGUAACAUUUUAGGUUUGGGGUAUUUUUUGAGAGAAGUGUUUUUAUUUUAGGUACAUACCACUUACUCCCAAUGAGAAUGUGAACAGAAGCAGUGGAAGACACGUGUAAAAACAAAACAACAAAAAUUUGUUUUGUUUUUUUUCAUAGAGUUUUUGUAAGCUUAUUUCUAUGAUUGAUUUGUUUGUACAGCAUUUUGUGUUGCUCUGAUAUUGAGAUCCAUGCAGUAAAUUAAGCUAUUUAAACAAAAUGUAAUUGUUGACAUCUUUUUGGUGGUGAAACAAUGGCUUUGGUUGUCUACAUCUUACUUCCUAUUUGUUGAUUUAUGUACAACUCCACCCUGUAUUGUACACGCUAUGACUCUCCCCAUCUAGAGUGCACCUCUACACUGGAAACAUUUUAAAAAUGCAGGGGAGUCAGUCGUCUUGUGUUGUGUUGUGUGCGUUUGUAACAGAGGGUAAAACCCACCGUAACUCACUUUUCUCACCUUCUUGGAAUUACUUGAAUCCAGCAAAGUUUACAUGAGAUCUGGUAAAUGGUGAGCGUGAAAUAUCACGUAUUUUUAUUCAGUAUGCCAAUAUUGGUAAUAUAACAAUAUUGUGGGUAGGACUUUGUUCUUUGUGAGUAUUUAAACUAGGGAUUGGUGAGAUGAUCUGAGAGUAAAAUCACUGGCAAUCUGCAAAUAAAUAUUGAGUCAUGCACUUAAAAUACUUCUCCUUGAGUAGUUUCAAAUAAAGCUGAAAUGAUUGCAUACUU